AUGGAUCUCUUCUCGUUGGGAGGAAAGUGGUGGCUGGUGAUCACGGACUAUUAUUCUCGCUUUCCUGAGAUUGCGCCGCUCGAAGACCUGUCUUCUAAAACAGUCAUCCAUCAUUGCCAGUCUGUUUUUGCAAGGCAUGGCAUUCCCGACGAAGUCAUGAGUGAUAAUGGGCCCCAGUUUUCAGGCGCCGAGUUCAAGCAGUUUGCGCAAGCAUACAAGUUCACCCACAUCACUUCUAGCCCCCGCUACCCGCAAAGUAAUGGGCUCGCGGAGGCCGCGGUGAAAAUUAUCAAGAACUCGUUAAAAAAGACUGGAGACCCAUACGAAACCCUCCUUGUCUACCGAUCCUCUCCCUUGCGUAACGGCUUCAGCCCGUCACAGCUUUUGAUGGGCCGGAGGCUCAGGACAACUGUUCCGACUGAAGCUGAAAAUCUCCUGCCGGAGACUGUCGACUACAGAGAACUAAAGAAAAGGGAGGAACAGAUGCAGCACAAUUCACGUCAUGGAGUCCGACGUCUCCCACCUAUUGAGACCGGCGAGAAGGUCUGGAUAGUGGACCUAAAACGAACUGGAAUCGUCAGCUGCAAGGCCGAUACUCCUCGCUCUUAUUGA